AUGACAGAAUUGACAACCGUAAAUAUGGCUACAUCCUCAAAUUUUGAUGAGAUACAACAAAUUCAUCGUGAAGUAAGUAAUGAAAGUACCAAUGUAUCUUCCGAUACCUCUCCUUCAAAGUUUUCUCAAAUUUCAACGAACUCUGAUAACUCACAAGUAUCUCAAAUUUUAUCUUCUCUACAAACAUCUAUUCCACAACCGAACAUAUCAGAUAUUGCUCCUGACAAAUUUCAAGAAGUUAUCUCACAAUAUAUGCAAUCAAUUAUGUCUGCAGCAGCUAAUCGUUUUCAACAAGAUCCAUCUGCUGCAGCUGCAUUUUUAGCACAACAAUCUGCUUUACUACAAACAAGUCCAUUGACUUCUUUGUCAAGUCCCUCUAAAAUUUCAACUAAUAACUCAAUAGAGUCAACGUCAAUGUCUUCGAGUCCAAUACCUAUUAAUAGUUCUUCUGAUAAUAAUGAUGCUCAGAAACAACUGGAUACAAUAGAAUUUGAUGAAAGUUCCUCCACAUUACAAGAUAUGAAUCAAGUAACUGUAACAAAUAAAAUAGAUAAGUUAACUAUUUUGGAUGACGACAAAUCUGUCAAUGUACCUACUAAUAAAUAUUCACGGGUGGAUAAAGUAAUUUUUGAAGAAGAGUAUGUUAAUGAUAAAAUUAGCCAUAAUGUGGAGAGUGACAAAAAGUUAUGUUUUGAUGACACAAAGCAAUCCUUAUCCAGUCAAGAAAGUGAUAUACAAUUAAAAAAUAUUGAUAAAUCUUUGGAAAGUAAUAAAAAAAAUAGUAGUGUAAAAGAAAGUGAUCCACAUACAAGUGAAUUAAUUAAAAAACAAAUGAAUGAAAUUGAUAAAGAAAUAAGUAGAAAAUCUAAAAACAAAAAUAUACGUAAGAUUGGUGAACAGGAAUUAGCACAAUUGUUAUCUUCUAUAUCAUCAGAAGUUGAUGGGAAUAACAUAUCUUCUAAUUUUCCUAUUUCUUCCCAAUCAAAUAAUAUGCUUCAAAAUUCUAACCUUCAUCAACUAAAUAUAUCACAUAACGCAUCUGAUAGCAGCGGGUCUUCUGUCAAUUCUCAUAUUAAUUGUAAUAAUGUACAGGCUGCAUCACCAUAUUCUGUUGUUAGUAAUUUACAAUCUAUUGACGAUUUAUCACAAAAACCAUCAUUAAAAUCUUUACAAACAUCAUUUUCACCGCCAACAAAUAAUAUUGUGCAAUCGGAACAUAAUAUUUUUUCUGGAACAACUUUCUACUCUGGUCAGGGAAUAUCUCUUCAUUCACAAGAAACCUCAAAUAUUACAUCUUCUACUUCAAAUGAACAACCAGGUGUUAUUCCAUUUGUUCCUUCACAACAUACUAAUGUUGCUGGAACAGCAAGUGGUAUUUCAUAUUCUCCAUCAAUGCCUUAUUUUAAUGGGCAAUCACAUCAAACAAUGAUAAAUUCAAAUUCAUCUAAUAGUAUAAAUCGUUUUAAUCCAUUUUUGGCGUCUCCUGAAACACCUAAUCAUUUUCAACCAUAUCCUAUGUCCCAUUGUCUUCAACAGCCUUCACAAGUACAGGAAAAAAAUCAAGAAUUUUAUAAUCCUUUAAGUUGUAGUCAAUCUAGUCUUCCCUCUGCUGCCCCACCACAAUUAUCAAACAUUACAUCAGAACUUGCCGCUGAAAUAUUAUCACAAUUACAUCAAAAUCCAUCAUUACUUGAAAAUAUAGCUAAUUCUGCUCCUAAUUCAGCAGCUCAAUCAGCUGCAUCUAUCCUUUUACAAGCAACUACAUCUAAACCAUCUCCUGAAACUGCAAAUCAUAGUUCUGAUAAUCAAUUAACAAAAUUGCCACCACCACCAGCUGCAGGAAGUAAAAUUCAAUCAGCAAGAAGUAAUUUAAUUACUUCAACACAUACUACAACUAAAAAUUCUCUUUCUCAUAAAAAAAAAUCAAGUCAAGAUUGGGGUGAGAGUAAAAAUGAACCAACAAAUAAAGAAAAAUAUAAUAGAGUAUCUGAUGAUAAAGAAAAUACUGAUAGAGAAAGUGGAAUAUGGGUAAUUAGAGAUGGGGCAAAUGAUAAUGAAACUUCUGAUGGAAAUGGAGUUCCUUCACUUGAUCCUGACUCCGAUAUCUAUGCUACAAUUAAUGAUGAUACAACAGUUGAAGAUGAAGAAGUAGAGACAGACAAACUUUUAUCUAAAAUUUCAAAUCCAACAAUACAUUCACCACAAAUGGGAAAUUACCAAAGCCAUAAUUCUCACAAUGCUAAAAAAUCAGGAUCUUCAAAUAAAAAAGAAGUAUUAAUUUAUGAACCUGCAGUUUUAAUUGAGGGAGUAUUAUUUCGAGCAAAAUAUUUGGGAUCAACACAAUUGGUGUGUGAUGGUAGACCUUCCAAAUCCAGUAGAAUGUCACAGGCACAGGAAGCUGUAGCAAGAGUAAAGGCCCCAGAAGGAGAGAUACAACCAAGUACAGAGAUUGAUUUGUUUAUUUCAACUGAAAAAAUUAUGGUCCUUAAUACUGAUCUUCAAAGAAUUUCUGAUACUGAUGUUAGACAAGAUAUUUUGAUGGAUCAUGCAUUACGAACAAUUUCAUAUAUAGCUGAUAUAGGAGAUUUAGUUGUAUUAAUGGCUAGAAGGAUGUCCAAUUCACCAUCUUUAGAUGAUUCUGAUGGAACUGAUUCAAUUAAAAAGACACCAAAAGUAAUAUGUCAUGUGUUUGAAAGUGAUGAAGCAGCUUUUAUUGCACAAUCAAUUGGUCAGGCAUUUCAAGUAGCAUAUGUUGAAUUUUUACGUGCAAAUGGAAUUGAAGAUCCUACCUAUUUACGAGAAAUAGAUUAUCAAGAAGUUUUAAAUUCUCAAGAACUUUUAGGUGAAGAAUUAGAAAUGUUUGCAAGAAAAGAAACACAAAAAGAUGUUGUUGUGCCAAAAAAAGUUGGUGAACAAUUAGGAAUAGUUGUUGUUGAAUCAGGUUGGGGUUCAAUGUUACCAACAGUAGUUGUAGCUAACCUAGCUCCAGGUGGUGCUGCAUCAAGAAGUAAUCAAUUAAAUAUUGGUGAUCAAAUUAUAGCAAUAAAUGGAAUAUCAUUGGUAGGUUUACCACUAGCUGCUGCACAACAAAAUAUAAGAAAUGCAAAAACUAGUACAGCUGUAAGAUUAACAGUUGUUUCUACACCACCAGUUGUUGAAGUUAGAAUUAAAAGACCAGACACAAAAUAUCAAUUAGGAUUUUCCGUACAAAAUGGUGUUAUUUGUUCUUUAUUAAGGGGUGGCAUAGCAGAACGUGGUGGUAUUCGUGUAGGACAUAGAAUUAUUGAGAUAAAUCAUCAAAGUGUUGUUGCAGUUGCUCAUGAAAAAAUAGUUAAUAUUCUAGCUACUGCUACAGGGGAAAUUCAUAUGAAAACAAUGCCUACAUCAAUGUUUAGAUUAUUGACAGGUCAAGAAAUUCCAAAUUAUAUAUAA